AUGAAUUUAUAUUGUCAGAUGGCAGGAUAUCACUAAGGUAUUUUAUGUAUAUAAAGGUGAAGAUGAACCUUUAGAAUUGUUAUGUAUGAAUACAGAAUGCAUUUCAAUGAACAAAGUGUUAAAUUGUGUUUCAUGCAUUGAAGAAAAUCAUAUCGGUCAUCAAGUGAUUCAUUACAAAAAAUUCAUUAAUCUCUUACAAAAAUAAGGGAAUAGUCUAGUAAAUGAGAUUGUAAUAUAUAAUUAUGUAAAGUAGGAUUUCAGAUUUUAGGAAUCCACAGUUCAAAAUGAUUUGGUUUACAAAUUAAAGAACUUAAUUAAACAAUUAACAGAAUUAUAAGAAAUGCUUAAUGAUGCAAUUUAGAAAUAGAAGGAUAUGUUAGAAAGGAAAUUAUAAUAUUAUGAAUGUAUAUGUUCUUAGUAUAAAUAGAGUUCUCUUGUGUAUUGCCAACAUAAGAGAUUUUCAAUAAAGCAAUUAAAUUACAUGAUUAAAAUUUGAUAUAGAAACUUAUGAGUUAAUUUUUUUAGAAGAUUGAAUACAACACAAAAAGAUAAGAAUUUUUAGUAAGAAACAAUUAUAUAAUUGAUGCAGCAGAAGAAACUGAUGGAGAAAAUCUUUUAUUCAGAAAAUUAAGAGAUUUAAUCAAUGCUUUUAAAAGUGAUGGAGAUAAUAAUUAUAAAACCUAAGUUACUUAAUAAAGUAAUAGUCAAUUCUAAAAAAAACUUGGUUAAACUAAUCUUGAAUUUAAUCGAUCUUAACAACAAUUAUCAAGUUAUAAAAAAAUAACAGGUAUUGAUAAAUCUCCAGGAUCUCCAGAUGACAGAAUCUCUGUUAGUCAAUCAUUGAGUCAAUUUUACUAUAAACCAAGCAAUUAAAAAAAGAGAAUUGGACAAUAAAUGUCUUUAAUUGAGACAUCUAAUACUUUUAGUACAACAUAUUCUUUCCAUUCUGAAUGCUUUGGCUAAGGAUUAUAAAUAACUUCCAAAUCAGCAAAAUUGAUUUUAGAUAAUGAUAAAAGUAUAGCUUUAAUUAAACCAUCAAUAUAUGGAAGUGGAUUAGCUCGAGAAUAAAGAGUUACACUUAUUAUUAAAGUUUGUAGAAAUUCAAAUUAACGAUAUCCUAUGGCUGUUGGAAUUUGUGAUCAAUCUAAAUUAUAAGAAAAUAAUUUCAUUUUUACAGGUUCAGCUGAACACAUGCCAGGAUCAAAUAAUAAAGAUCAUGGUUGUUAUCUACUCAAUUCAAAUGGAUAUAUUAGAUCAAUGACCGGAUCAGAUAUGGUUAGAAGUUCCCCAAAUUUAAGAUUCUAUAGUAAUUCUACAUUAGAAUUAACAUUUAAACCAUUUCAUAAGUAAUUGAUCAUCAACAGAGAUUCAUAAGUGCAAACAACUAUUCCUUUAGAAUUAUAUAAAGACUAGAAGCUAUUUUUUUGUGUAAGAUUAGCUGAUUUGCAUGAUUGUAUAGAAAUAUAAUGA